AUGUCUGUUAACUUCAACGUCUUGAGAUACAGUGUUUUUGGUGCUGGUAUUGUAUAUGGUGCUUACCAUAGAUAUUCUUUGGAAUCUUCUGUAAAGAAGGAAGCUGCUGCAAAGGCCUAUGCUAAGGAAGAAAAGUUGAUUAGACAAGCUAAGGCUGAAUACGCCAAAUUGCAAGCCGCCAAAGCACCUGCUGCUUCAGCUUCUACUGGUUCUAUCAACUGGGAAGACCCCAACUUGGACAUUGGUAGUGCUUUAGAGUCUUUAGUUGCCAAGUUGGAAUAA